AUGGAUGAGACGGUGAAACCUCUGAGGGUUCCUCCUCUGAUGUCCGUCUACGCAGACAAACACAACAUCUCACACCUGGUGCAGGUACGAAACCACCACUGUCUGACCACAGCUGAGACCAGCAGGAGGACCACACUGAGUCUCGAGGAUCCGAUCAGUUACCUGAUCAGUUUGCUGCAGAGGAGCAGCGUGGACAUCCCCAGGGUCCUGGUCCUCGGUCCUCCUGCGGUUGGUAAACACACAGUGGCCAAAAAGCUGAGUGCUGAGCUGAGAGCCGUCCAUCUGACCACAGACAGUCUACUGCAGGACCAAUCAGAGCUGAGCACACAGGAGCUUCCUGCUGAUCUGCUGGUCAGACGGAUUCAACAGCGACUGAAUGAGAUCGACUGCUUCAACAGAGGCUGGGUGUUGGAGGGAAUCCCUCAGACUCGUCUUCAGGCUCUGAGUCUCCAGCAGGCCGGAGUGAUCCCUGAACACGUUGGUGAGAACCAACUCUCAGCUCAGCUUAAGAACAAUAGAACCAUCCAGAGUGACAUCGAGGUGUUGGAGGCUCCUGAUGAUGUGUUGUUGGAGAGGAGUCAGGGUAAACUGGUGGACCCACUGACAGGAGACGUGUACCAUCGGACCUUCAUCUGGCCGCUGGACGCCACCGUGGCUCAGCGUCUGGAGGAGGGGCGGAGCCAGUCUGAGGGGCGGAGCCAGUCUGAGCUGCAGCGCUACCGCUGUGAGGUCACAGGUUUGAGCUCAGCCUAUCAGCACGUCCUGAAGGUCAUCAACGCCGACCAACCACACGCUGACGUCUACCAGCAAGUGCUGGCUUUCGUCCGGACUCGCCGUCGCUCCAGAACUCCCAGAAUCCUCCUGUUGGGUCCUCCGGGGUCCGGGAAGAGUCAUCAGGCCAGACUGUUGUCACAGAAAUACAAGAUGGUGGAUGUGUGCUGUGGUCAUCUGCUGAGGUCUGUAGCAGCUGGUGGUUCAGCUCUGGGAGAAGAGAUCCAAUCAUACCUGGAUACUGGGAGGCCAGUUCCAGACUCCCUGGUGCUGCAGGUUCUGGAGGAACGUCUGAGCCGAGUGGACUGCAGCUGCAGAGGCUGGAUCCUCCACGGGUUCCCUGACCUGCAGCAGGCCAAGAGCCUGCAGGAGUCCCACCCACCCAACAGAGUUUUCUUCCUGGAGUUGACGGACGAAGUUUGUCUGGAGAGAAUCACUCUGAGAGCUACAGAUCCAGUCAGUGGAGAGAGGUUCCACGCUGUGACUCGUCCGGCUCCAAGCUCUGAGGUCCAGAACAGACUGAAGACCAGACCUGAGGACAGCACACACUCUGUAACACACACACUGAGUCAGUACAGGACACACACUGCUGCCCUGCAGUGUGUGUUUCCACAUGCAGGUCUUGUAGAUGCUGAUCAGGAUCCUCACUCUGUGUUUGAGUCUCUGGAGAGCAGACUGACAGCUGACUGACAGGUGGACUCACCUGGACACAGGAAGUGAAGGGACUCUUCAUUUCAUACCAACGCUUUCAUAUCAUAUCAUUUAAAUCAUAUAUAUAUAAACACCUUCUGUGUGUAGCAGCACAUCCAGUCCCAUCAGGUCCGUCUCAGGAGGAUCAAUAAUGAUCGGUUCAAUAAUAUAUAUUGGGAGUACUCACUACACAGGACUUAAUCCUCAGCUCUCAUACGUAGCAUGUCCAAUAUUUCAAAUGUGAA